AUGGAGAUUUCUGGCGCCGUUUCAACCCGGAGAGGUUCUCUACGCCGCCGUUUCAACCCGGAGAGGUUCUCUACGCCGCCGCAUCUUACAUCGCUCUCGAUUGAUUUGGUUCAUCGACGAAGUCUCUCUACUCACAGAAACCGUGGGGACAAACGUGGAGCGCUUCACUUUGCUGCAAGAGAAGGACAAACUGAAAUAUGAAGAUAUCUUUCAGAAGAGCUGAAACUCAAUGCUGAUGCAAAAGAUGAAGCUGGGGAUACUCCGCUUGUUCAUUCUGCGCAGCAAGGACAGAUUGGAACGCCAAUGUAUCUUUUAAAGCACGGUGCUGACAUUAAUAUAGCAUGUGAACUAGGAGCCACAGCAUUGCUUCACGCAGCUAGAACAGGAGAAAUCAAGUUGCUAAAGGAAUUGCUCUCCAGAGGUGUCCCUGUUGAUUCUGAAAGUGUUUGGGCUUCUGGCCACGACCAAAAAGAUGCUGUGGAAGUCAGAACUUCAAGCAAGUUAGAACACAAUGCCAAUCCUAAUGCUGAGGGUGAAGAUGAUAUCACUCUGUUGUUCUCUGCGCUGGCAGAGGGUUCUCUAGCAUGCUUAGAGCUGCUGGUCAAGGCAGGUGCCAAAGCUAACGUUUUUGCUGGUGGUGCAACUCCAACAUUGCAGCUGAUAUUGGAAACCUUGAGUUAAUUAACUGUUUACUUAAAGCCGUGGCUGAUCCUAAUCAGAAAGACGAGGAAGGCAAUAGGCCGAUAGAAGUUGUGGCUGCUAGAGACAGCAUAAAGG